AUGAAUGAUAAUAUCAUGAAGGUUAGGAUAGUACGUACAUUGUCAUUCCUAUUGUUGUUUGAAUUUUCUUUGCACACAUUCAUUUGGGAAAUGUAGUUGGAAAAGAUGCUAAGAAAUCAUUUAUUUAUUUUGUUUCAGAAUUUGUUCCUUUACGUGGUGUAAUGCCUUUAUUAUUAAAUUGUGGACAUAUAAUAUGUGACGAAUGCGUUAAAUCAUUUGCUAAUAAACCUUGUCCUGUAUGCAACAUAGUUUCACAAUGCGAUGAUAAUCAGAGAUUUUCAUUACCUUUAAACAUAUAUACUUUGGGAUUAAUGGUUAUGUCGCAUAAUAGAUCAAUUAAUUCAGAUGAUGUAGAUAUUUCUUUCUCUAAACCUUCUGCUUCCAAACCAAAACAGCAAAGCAUUAAAGAUCCAUGGCAAGGCAUUACAAAAUCAUUCAAAGAUUAUGCUAACAGAAGAAAACAAUGAAAAUUCUUUCAAUAUAAUAAAUACUUGUUCAGAACAAUGUUUCGAACCAAUAGGAUACUACUGUGAAAAUUGUGAAAUAUCUGGGUGUUCACAUUGUAUGAUACAAUUUCAUAAAAAUCAUAAUUACUUGUCAUUAAGCAAAAAGGUUUGUAUUAUAAGAAAUGUAAAUAAUUUCACAAAUGUAACAUUGGAAAGAAAUAAUAUGCUUUUAUUUCUGUGUUUAUUAGAACAGUGAAUUAUUGGUGGAAUUCUACAAUACAUUUGAUCAUGUGAGUGAGAACCUCAAAAGAGUUCAGCAGGUGCAAAAGGUAAGUAGAUUUAUUUAUUUUUUCUACAGAAAAGGAAUCACAAUGCAUGUAUAAUGAGAAAAAAUAUUCACAUUAAACGAUAA